CCGGAGGCAUUCCAGAUGCGCCCUGACCAAGACCAAGUCCCGGAUGCCGACCACAGUGCGCUGGAAGCCCGAUGCCCAGAGUAUCCGCCGCUGCUCUGCGUAUGCCACCGACAGCGGCCCAGACACCCGUGACACGCGAGCGCAGCAGAGGAUCACGUGAGAGAGCAGAUCGCCAAGACCCAACCCAGCGGCAAAGGCCCUGCGUUCUCUCUUCCCCAAGCAGGAGUCUCCCAUCCAGCCCGAGCUGCAACAGCAACAUCCCACCCUGCGAUCACGACGCUUGCGAGCAGCCCAUCCGGCAAUCACCACUGACUCGACCCGCGAUAAUGAGCCAAAUCACCCCGUCCAAGCGAGCCCCUGGGGCCACCCACGAGGAAAGCCCCGCUCUCAAAAAGUCCACGAUUCAUGACUUGAUCGGCCUGGAGCAUGCAUGGAUCGCCUUGGACUUGGCUUGGUUGGCGGCCUGCGACUCGGUCUCGGUGUCUCUCGGCUGCUCUCGGUCGCUCUCGCUGCCCAACCAGCAAGCCGCACUCGAUCCGCACUCGAUCCGCCCCAUCCUGCGACAUUGGGGCAGCGUGUGUGUGUGGCGCCGCGCCUUGUCUUUGGGCAUUCCGUCUUUGGGGCAGCGACGGACACGUGUCAGCGGCUGUGUGCAUGUGUGUGUGUGUUGCUCUCCCCCAUCCCGCGAGAUCGCACCGAGGACACACCGAGAUCGCACCGAGACACACCGAGAUUGCGCCGAGAUUGCGCCGAGAUCGCACCGAGGACACACCGAGACACGCCUCGCUCUCGUUCGCGAUCCGCGUUGCUUUUCUUUCGCCGCGUCUCCCGAUCGCCAUUUCCAUCCUCUGCCUCGUCAUCCACUUCCAUCUGCCCAUCAGCCAUCUGUCCUGUUCGUAUUCCCGCCAUUGCUCCUCUGCUGGGCCCCUGCAGUCGCCGAUGAUCUGUCUGAUGUUCGCUAACCCAUACCCGCAUACAUCUUGUUGCCUCCUUCGCACCAUGUCUCGUGAUCUGAUCGGCUGCUUGGC